GGGACUUCCUGUAACGGUCAUUUCCUGUUUUAGGGCUGAACUCUAUCGCUCUGGCUGUAAUUUGCCGCCUAAAAUACCGAAAGCAAUCGCGACAUAUCCUAUCAUCUUACAAUACAGCAUAUAAUGCAUAACAAAUCCAGUAUUGAGCCAACUAACAGCACACAAUUUAAAGAACUAAACCUUGCCAUCCCUGACUAUGUCAUCUCCUAAAACAGGCCAAUCUGGAGUUCUUAAGGAACUUCUAGGCAUGGCAAAUUAUGUGGGCUUUGCCAAUCUUCCCAACCAAGUCCAUCGCAAAUCUGUCAAGAAGGGUUUUGAGUUUACACUCAUGGUUGUUGGCGAAUCAGGUCUCGGCAAGUCCACCUUGAUUGACAGCCUGUUUCUGACAGACCUCUACUCAGACAGAAAGAUUCUCAGUGCAGAAGAAAGAAUAAAGAAGACAGUUAAGAUAGAGACCUCAACAGUUGAGAUUGAGGAACGUGGAGUAAAGCUACGAUUAACAGUUGUUGAUACUCCAGGAUAUGGAGAUGGCAUUAACCACAAGAACAGCUUCAAGCCAAUCUUAGAUUAUGCAAAUAAUCAGUUUGAGAGCUAUCUGAAGGAUGAGUCGGGCCUCAACCGACGGCACAUUAUUGACAGCAGGGUUCAUUGCUGCUUUUAUUUCAUUGCACCGACUGGACAUGGCCUUAAGCCCCUUGAUAUUGAGUUCAUGAAGGCACUCCACCACAUUGUCAACAUCGUCCCAGUCAUUGGUAAGGCUGACACGCUCACACCCACAGAGCUGAAGGAAAUGAAGAGGAGGGUAUUGGAUGAGAUUGAUGAAUAUGGGAUCCAGAUCUACGAGCUGCCGCAGUGUGACAGUGAUGAAGAUGAGGAAUUUAUUGAACAGACGAGACAGCUCAAGGAAGGAAUGCCAUUCGCUGUUGUUGGAAGUAACACACUAAUAGACGUCUGUGGGAAGAAAGUUCGCGGAAGACUCUACCCUUGGGGUGUGGUCGAAGUUGAAAAUCCCUUACACUGCGACUUUUCUAAACUGCGUGCUAUGCUUAUCACCCAUAUGCAAGACCUUAAGGAGGUCACGCAAGAUGUACAUUACGAAAACUUCCGCGCGAUGCGCCUUGGUGAAGCUGCCGUUCCUCGUGAACCAGGCACCCCCCGCAGCGCAAAGAGCCUUACGCGUGCAAAGGACGCCUCUUCACUGGAGAUCAUGGAGAAAGAACGAGCAUUGCAGGAAAAAGAGGCCGAGUUGCGACGAAUGCAAGAAAUGAUCGCAAAAAUGCAAGCGCAAAUGCAGGCAAGCCAUAGCUAGUCAUAGAAAUUUAGUUACUUUCCUAGGAAUAAUCUAAGAUAGGAUAAACAAUUUGCUGACCAUCUCUUGUAAAAUCCUCUAUAUUUUAAAGUCUAUUUUACAUUACUCGGUUCAGGAUAUAGAAAAUCUUCUAAUUUCCUGAGUAAAAUAUGUACCCCAUGCAGUAAAAGUAAGCUUGUAGCUUUGGACUGCUGAAACUAUCUAUAAAAGCCACCACAACUCGACGAAUUGUUCAAACCAGCUAUUUAGCGAAAUAGGAAGAGUGUGGGGAAUUGUUACUAUAGAUGAUAAGUCGAGGUGUCGAAUAUUCUACAAUCAAGUCACCAUGAAUAAAACCAAAUAGCGGAGAGUGACA